AUAAAUAAUUGUUUACCCGGUUCCCGGCUUGUUUGGGAUUUGUUAACAACAUUUUAGGGUGAAAUCAUUAUUAAUUUACAUUUUAUCGGGUAGCAAAUAAUUAAAAAAUGGCGGAAAAACAGUUGUCAGCUGUGGAAGCGGAAUUGUACGACAGGCAAAUCCGUUUGUGGGGAAUAGAGUCUCAAGAAAAAUUGCGAGCAGCUAAUGUUUUACUGAUUAAUAUUCGUGCUUUGGGAUCCGAAAUCGCCAAGAAUAUACUUCUCUCUGGAAUCAAUUCCUUAACUAUAUUAGAUGAUGGAACAGUUACCGAAGAAGAACAACAGAAAAACUUUCUGCUCAACAAAGGAAGUGUGGGAAAUCCAAUUGCAGAUGAAGUCUUGAUAAAAGCCCAAGCUUUGAAUCCUUUAGUAAAGAUAAAAGUUGACAAACAGCCUCCAUCCUCGAAGGAUUCCAGUUACUUUAAGAACUUCACGAUAAUCGUAGCUACUUGCAUUAAAACCGAUUUACUGUUGAAAAUCGACAAAGUGUGCAGAUCUAGUAACGUGAAAUUGAUCUACGGAGAUGUAUUCGGAACUUUCGGCUUCUCUGUCGCAGAUUUCCUAGACCACAAUUAUCAUGAAGAUCAAAUCAAGCUAGCUGGUAAGAAGAGGACUCACGGAGAGAAGGACCAUGAAAAAACAACUAUUAAAGUUCAAGGAGUCAUUAACUAUCCAGAACUCAAAAAAGUCCUCAUAUUACCCAACACCAAGCAAAGUGCAGAUAGUAUUAAAAAGUCUAAAAGAAGAAACGAGUUGUUUUACAUUAUGCUAGCUUUGAUGGAAUUCAGAAAUAAAAAUAACAGGAAUCCUGCGAUUGAAUCGAAAGAAGGCGAUUUGAAAACGCUCGAAACAAUUAAAGCUGAUAUCUUUCAAUUAUACGAAGUCGAUGAAUUGAAAACGAAACUCCCUGCAGAUAUUUUUGAACUCGUUUUUGGUGAAGAAGUCGUUCCGGUUUGUUCAGUAGUAGGUGGUGUUAUUGCACAAGAAGUAAUUAAAGCUGUUUCUGAAAAAGAGGUCCCCGUAAAUAAUAUAUUUUUAUUUGAUCCAAUUACUUUCGAUGGCAAAGAGGAAGCUAUUGGAGCAUAAGUUGAUUGCAUUACGGAUUUAUUUUUUCUAAUUGGUGUAAGAUUUUUAUUUGCAAAAUAAAACAAUUUUUCAUUU